CAACCUGUUUCUUAUUUAAAAUCGACACCAUCAUCAUCAUCAACCACUGUACAAACUUUUGACAAAAAGACUAAAAACAUCAAUCACAACAAUAAGGUUGUAUCUAGUACGUUUCUCAAUGAUUCAAAUUUUCAACCAACGAAUGAUGAUAUUUUCUUUACAUCAACAAAAACGAUGUUCAAUGAAUCGCAAAAAAAAAAGAAAGUGGAUAAUCCAUGGAAACCAGAGACAAAAAUGGGUGAAGAAUAUCGACUCCGAUCACAAGAAACCGAUCUGAAUCAAUGGUAUUUUGAUGAAUAUUCAGGCCUGUAUCGACAAAUUUUACAAAGAAAUAUAAAAGAUCGACCAAAAGAACGACCUCCAUCAUCUUCUGAUCAACAAUCAUCAUCAACAAGAUCACAACAAAAGCAACCAAGCAAAGCAUCAUCCACUGCUCCUAUUUAUGGUUGGUGUAAACUAGCAAGACAAUCCAAUGAUCCAUCAGGUCAAUUAAAGUUAUGCAAAAGUAUGGCCAUUACCUUAUCACUUUCAUCGUCUUUGUCUUCUCUCACGCCAGAAAAAGAACAUGUUCGAAAAACCAUGAUGAUUGAAUGUCUUCGUCUAUUGAAACGUCUUAGUGCUGGCCAAGGGUUAGGAAAAGGAGGGGAUAGUGAAGCUCAAUUUAUAUUAGCCAAUUGUUAUGGUAUGGGAUUAUUGGGAUUAACGGAGGAUCACGCCAAGGCGUUUCAAUGGUAUGUUCAAGCAUCCAAACAAGCUCAUCCUGAAGCGACUUAUCGUACAGCCGUAUGUCAUGAAUUGGGCAUUGGUACUCGAAAGGAUGGACAACGUGCCAUGGCCUUUUAUCGAAAAGCUGCUCAUUUGGCUCAUGUUGGAAGUAUGUAUAAAUUAGGCAUCAUCCUUCUUCGUGGUUAUUAUCAUAUGACACCUCUACCUCGAGAAGCUAUUAGUUGGUUACAACGUGCUGCAACGCCUCAUGCUUUACAUGCCCUUGCCAUGAUCCAACUGACAGGGGAAGUAGGAGAUGCCACAAGUUUGAUUGCCGAUCCAGCGUAUGCCAUGGAAUUAUUACAUCAAGCAGCACAAGGAGGUUAUGUACCCAGUCAAGUACAAUUAGGACAUUGUUAUGAACAUGGACAAUGGGUGACCAUGGAUGAUGCCUUGUCGAUCUAUUGGUAUGCACGAGCUGCCGAACAAGGUAAUCCUGAAGGAUGUUUAGCACUCAGUGGAUGGUAUCUGACAGGAUCAACCACACAAGGCAUAUUACGAGCAUCUGAUCGUGAAGCUUAUCUUUGGGCACGUCGUGCUGCUUCUUCUUCCAUGCAAGCCACUGAACCAUGGACCAUUGCCAAAGCUUAUUUUGCUGUGGCCAUGUAUACCGAGCGAGGCAUUGGUACUACUGUUGAUAAAGAAAAAGCAAGACAAUGGAUGUCAAAAGCGGCUGCCUUGGGUCAUGUAGGAGCAAGACAUUGUUUGUCGACCAUGAAGAAGAAAAAAACAAUAAAAGAAGAUGAUCAAGAAUCAAUAGAACAUAUAGAUCAAAAAGAAAAAAUAAUUCAUAUUCCAAACAAAAAAGAAGAAAUAAGUUCUAAAUGUAUCAUCAUGUAG